GCGGGAGGCUUGCAGGCGCUGUUACGUUCGAGGCCUUCCACCAUCUUCACGCAGGUUCUGCCGAUGAAAACAUCAGAGCCGGAGCCGCCUGUUCGCCUGUAGCCGCCCGCCUCUCCGGGCCGGGAGAACGGGCGUUCGGCGCGGCGCCACCGAUGCGGGAAGUACCGCCCUUCUUGAGCGGAAGCCAAUAGGAAGCAGCCGGAGCGGGGGCAGCAGCCAAUCAGCGGCGCGGACGCUGCGCUCAAUGGGAGCGCUGCGCGCUCGGAUGCCGUCAGUGGGGGCGCGGUACGGGAACACGUGUUCGGGACCGGCCUCGGAUCGAACCGAACGGCCGAACCGGGGCCAUGGAGCUGCUGCCCCGCAGCCCCAGGGAGUUCGGCUCCGCGCGGUAUUGGGACCGGUUCUUCCGACAGCGCGGGCAGCGGCCCUUCGAGUGGUACGGGGCGUUCCCGGAGCUGUGCCCUGUGCUGCUCAAGUACGUGCGGCCCCGCGACAAGGUUCUUGUGGUCGGCUGUGGGAACUCGGAGCUGAGCGAGCAGAUGUAUGACACAGGGAUGUGUGAGGACAUUGUGAACAUUGACAUCAGCGACGCUGUGAUCCGUCAGAUGCAGGAGCGGAGCACGAGCAAGAGGCCAAAGAUGAGGUACCUGCAGAUGGACAUGCUUCACAUGGACUUCCCGGAUGCCCACUUCCAAGUGGCCCUCGACAAAGGCACGCUGGAUGCCAUACUCACCGAUGAUGAGGAGGUCACUCUGGCUAAGGUGGACAGGAUGUUUGCUGAGAUCAGCCGGGUCCUGCAGGUGGGAGGGCGCUACCUCUGCGUCUCCUUGGCUCAAGCCCAUGUGCUGAAGAAAGCAGUGGAAUACUUCUCCCAGGAGGGCUGGGUAGUGCGUGUUCAUGAAGUGGCCUCCAGCGGGGACAAGCAGCAGUUUGUCCUGCCAGUCUUUGUCUACGUCAUGACAAAGUUCAGGAAGAUCCCUGGCUCUGCUCUGCAGAUCCUGGAGAUCUGCUCCGAGGAGCAGGACAAGCCACUGCGAUUGGAGAGCACAGAGCGGCUGGUGGAGGCGGUGAAAGACAGGCAGCACUACGCCCUGCUCUGCAGCCAGGUCAGCAAAGCCCCCUGUGGGGAGCAGCUUUCCCUGGAUCUGUGCGAUAAAGCCAGUGGGAGGCCCCGCUACACACUGCAUGUAGUCGACAGCCCUGCGGUGAAACUUUCCCGUGACAAUCGCUUCGCCAUCUUCAUCAUCCCGCAGGGCAGAGAAACCGAGUGGCUCUUUGGGACGGAGGAAGGGCGGAGGCAGCUGGCUGCCAGCGCGGGCUUUGGGCGCCUGGUCACCGUGGCCCUGCACAGGGAGCAGCACUACGAGGGCAUGGCCAGCAUCCAGGCAGAGCUGUCGGGGAAGGUGAUGGAGCUGGCCCCGCCGGGCCUCCCUGCCCGGCAACAGGUGCCCUUCCUGUCUGUGGGAGGGGACAUUGGGGUGCGGAAAGUAUGGCACUGUGGCACCAGCCCCCUGAGUGGGGAGUUUGUCGUGGAGGACGUCAAGGGGAACGAUGCGUGCUACUUCCGUCGCCUCGUCUUCCUCAGCAACAGGAACGUAGUGCAGUCGGAGGCCCGGCUCCUGGCCCCUGCACCUCCCCCAGGCCAGAAGAAACGGAAGAAAGACAAGAAGAAGCCUUGCCCUGCGGAGCCUCUUAUGGCAAUUGACAAGAGCUACCUGUGCUGUGAGCACCACAAGGCCAUGGUGGCAGGGCUCUGCCUACUGGGCAGCUCUGACCCCCUGCCAGGAGCCCCAGUUGCAGUGCUGGUGGUGGGACUUGGUGGCGGCAGCCUGCCCCUCUUCGUCCAUGACUACUUCCCGCAGGCCCGUGUGGCUGUAGUGGAGAUUGACCCCUCCAUGCUGGAGGUGGCCACGCGCUGGUUUGGCUUCUCCCAGGACGACCGGAUGCAGGUGCACAUUGCUGAUGGCCUGGACCACGUGGCCAAGCUUGCAGCUGAAGCCCCAGCUCAGUAUGAUGCCAUCAUGUUUGAUGUGGACAGUAAAGACCUCACAGUGGGAAUGAGCUGUCCACCUCUGGCAUUCGUGGAGAAGCCCUUCCUGGAGAAAGUUAAAACCAUUCUCAAGCCAGAAGGGGUCUUUGUGCUCAACCUGGUGUGCCGUGAUGCUCAGCUGAAGGAGUCUGUCCUGGCCACCCUCAGGGAAGUUUUUCCCCUGCUCUAUGCACGCCGCAUCGAUGAGGAGGUCAAUGAGAUCUUGUUCUGCCAGCCGAACCCCAAGAGCCGGCGGGACCCUGUGGAGCUCACAGUGCUUGCCCAGGCACUGGAGGGGUCAAUGCAGCAGUUGGGGCACUCUUGGGACAGUUCGUAUGCGCUGGCAGACAUGCUGCAGGCCAUCACCAUCCUCUGAGAGGUGCCUGAUGUCACUUGAGCAAAAGGAGUGCCUGCAUGGUGCUGCAGCUGGGACAUUGUUGACCCUGCAGGGAGCCAGUGCUGGCCUGAUGCCUGCCUGAAGGAUGCAUCUGGCAUGGAAGAGGGCUUCCUAUAGCAGGAGGGAGCCCAGCGUGCCUCCUGGAGUGCUGAGGCUCUGCUCUUUGCAUAAAGCAGAGCUGGGAGAGCAGGGAGCUGCACUGCCCGCAGGACAGUGUUGGGGUGGCGAGGGGAAGAAGGUGCUCCAGGGUUGGCAGGGCUGUGUGUUUGCAUCUAUCCCCACUGCUUUCCCGUUGUGGUUAAAUGUCACUCUGACCAUCCUCUUCCCUUCCAGCUCUGCUUCUUUCCCAUAUUCUUCCACACCUCCAGGAGCUCUGCUUGUUGGCAUCUCUGCAAACCCCCAGCUCUGCCCCGAGGCUGGUAGCAGAUGUGUAUAGAUGGGCUGAGUGCUGUGAGAAUAAAGCUCAGGACCGCUCUUGAGGUUCACAGUGCUCCACCAGGUUUAUUUCUUGCUAGCAGUGAUGGGACACUGCAGUCCAUUUGGUGGGUGAUGCCCCUGCUGCUCUGGGGCAUGCCAGCUCCUGCGAGGCUGUGCAGGGAGUUGCUUAGAUCUCACGUCCGUUGCUCUCUGCAUUAUUCUCCUUCACGUAGCGGGACAAGUCAGUGCCCUACUUUCUCCUUUGGCUGGCCUGCUUCUGUGCAGAUGCUUUUUUUUUUUCUUUUUUUUUUUUUUUUUUGCAAAGUGCUUUUGAUCCUCCCCAGGCACUCAGAGCGCUCGUGAGUGUCAGCGCUCAGAUUUGGGCUGGCCAGCUCGCCGCUGCAGACAGAUAAGCUGUGACAGCUCUGUGCUGCUUUGUGCUCUGCCCGGGGCUGCACGCAGUCGCUGGUCACUGGCAGGGGCAAGGCUGGAACACAGCUUGUGCAGCAGUCUGUCCGCCCUGCACGGUUCUCCUCUAAAUCUCUUUAGUCAUUAGCACUUUUUUUUUUUGAAGGAUGUCUAUUAUCCAUCCAGCUCAGUGACGGCAAAUUUCUCAACUCUUAUCAGCAGUGCUGCAUUCAGUCUAUUUUUAACUCUGUUUCCAAUCCUCAACAUAAUUCCAAUGACACAGAUUAGCGUGCAUGCCCUUUAUUUUAUCUAAACCAUUUCAUUUCUUCUCCGGCAGCUCGCACAAAGCGUGCGUUCAUCCCUCCUUUGUCCAGUUCUGCAUUUCUGCUGCGUUUCCUAAUUGCUGUGUAAUGCCACAUCCUGUUGGAAAAACAAAAGGCAUCUAUUGGGAAGAAAGUGGUGAUGAGACCUCAGUCCGUUGCAGCUGUCCUUGCAGUCACUGACAGCCCUGCAGUGUUGGUCAAGAAAUAUAUUUCAGUUAGAAAACCAGCAAA